AUGUCUAACAUUUUGGCAUGUUACCAACUCCUAGAGCUUAAUGUCAUUUCAGCACAAGAUUUGGCUGAGGUGGGCCGCUCCAUGCGGACAUACGCAGUUGCAUGGGUUGACCCUGAUCGCAAGCUCUCCACUCGGGUUGAUUCCCAGAGUGGGACCAAUCCGGCGUGGAAUGAUAAAUUUGUCUUUCGGGUUGACGAAGAUUUUUUAUAUGACGAGAAUUCAACAAUAACAAUUGACAUUUAUGCAAUUCAUUGGUUCAAAGACAUCCAUGUGGGUACAGCCCACGUCCUCGCCGAUGAUAUCAUCCCACCAUCACGACCUUCCCAUAGCAAUAACUAUAAACCUCAAGGCAUGCAGUUCGUGGGGCUUCAGGUCCAUCGACCCUCGGGUCGCCCGAAAGGGAUUUUAAACGUUGGUGUGGCGGUCAUUGAUAGCUCUAUGAGGAGCAUGCCUCUUUACACACACAACAACACCCCAACUGCUGGAUAUCAUCAAAAUGAUCAUCAUGAUCAACUAAGCCAUGAAGCCAUGUCAGAGCUUCGACGUGCGAAGAGUGACUCCAGCUCAAUGAUCGGCUCAGAAGUUGUGGAACAUGAGAAACGGCUCAGGGCUAAAAGAGGAAAAGCAAGUUCUCAAGUUACUCUUUCCGAAGUUAGCACAUACAGCAAGAAAAAGUCUCCCUCUAUGUUGAGUGGCUCAGAUGUGAAGGCUACACCAACCUCGAAAAAAGUUAAAUCUAGAAAAACGAAUAAAAACUAUCCAAACGACUUCAACCCGACAGCUAUUGUUAGUUAUGACUACGAAGUUAAACCCUCCCCAAAGCCGCAGUUUCUAAAUUCUCCGGCUACAGGGAGAGUUUACAAUAACGGUGGAGCACGAGCCACUCCACUACAUGCAUUCGCCAUAAAUAAUGCAGUGGCGAAUGCAAAUAUGGAGUACAACAGUCCAUACAGAACAAACAAGGGCCACCAUCGUCCUAUCAUAACGGACUCUGAAUUGGGUCCGUCAGCAUCCGAGGUGGCAGAAGCGGUGGCAAGGCAACCUGUGAUGGAUGAGGGAGAGAGUUCUAUAGUAACAGGGUGGAGCUUGAACGAGAGUGUCGAAGAUUUGCAACCCAAAAUUGAGAGGUGGCAAACGGAUUUGGCACCGGUGCACGAUGGCCGAGAGAUGUCAAGUAAGCCAACAACUAGCAGCAAGAAGAAGGAUAAGCAUUCACGUAGGCGCACAAAUGGUGGCGGUGGCGAUGGUGGUGAUAAUGGCUUGUUCUCUUGCUUUAGUGUUAUUUGUGGUCUUGAAUGCUCCAUCGUCUGCGGCGGCGAUAAAAAGAAAAAAAAUAGGCUUCGCCGGAAUCAAUCUAUGGAUAGUGCAAGCUUUGUAUGA